AUGAUUAUAUCAAAAUUAGGUUUAACCCAUUUGUUGAACAAAGCCCAAUAUUUGAGAUUACUGUCAACACAAAUUCGACAGCAAACCGAAAAUAUAGGUCCUGUAGUUUUCCACAAGUUGACAGGAGUUGACAAGGGUAUUGCAGUAUACGGUCUCAACAGUCCAAAGGACAAAAAUGCUCUAGGUUUUGAUGUCGUAAAAUCAAUGAAAGAAGUAAAUGCACUAAUUCGAGAAGACACAAAAAUAUCUGUCGUCAUUUUACAUAGCCUGGUGCGAGGAAUAUUCUGUGCAGGUGCAAACUUGAAAGAAAGAUUUAAAAUGUCAGAUGACGAAGCUAUAAGCUUUGUGAAAGGACUCAGGGAAACAUUCAUAGAAAUAGAAGAUCUUCCUAUGCCCACCAUAGCUGCCAUUGAUGGUGUAGCUGUAGGUGGCGGCUUAGAACUGGCCCUAGCAUGUGACAUAAGAGUGGCGGCAGACACCUCUAGGUUGGGUUUAGUAGAGACCGGCAGGGGCCUCAUACCUGGUGCAGGUGGCACUCAGCGUCUCCCACGUGUGAUCCACCCCAGCAUAGCCAAGGAACUGAUAUUCACUUCAAGAAUUGUUAAUGGAAAAGAAGCAAAGGAAUUAGGCAUAGUCAACCAUACGGUGGCGCAGAACGAGAAUCAUAACGCGGCGUUUGAGAAAGCGCUCGAAUUAGCCCGAGAGAUACUGUCCAAUGCGCCUAUAGCUCUUCGCUGUGCUAAGCAAGCUAUAAAUGAAGGUGUUCAACUCACCAUCAAGGAUGGUUACGAAGUGGAGCAGAAAUACUAUGAAAUAAAUGUACCGACGAAGGACAGACAAGAAGGCAUGAUCUCCUUCAUCGAGAAGAGAAAACCUAAAUACAAAGGGCAUUAA